AUGGACGACAAGAAGGAUAAUUCUGCUGCAAGUGAUGGGGACGGCUCGUCUCAACUCAAUUUGGGGAACUACACCUGGCCAGCUGGCAAUAGUGUAGGCGGGAUGAUUCCAACGAAGAUCCAUCAAUUGAAUCUUCUGAGCGUUUUCGAUGCAGGAGAGAAUCAAUUGACUGGUCCAUUGCCCAGCGGAAUAUUCGUUAGUAUGACGAGCCUUCGACAACUACGCUUGGACAAGAACGAUUUGUCAGGAACGACUUCGCCGCCAAUUGUCCUGUCCGAACUAGAGCAGCUUGAGUUGCAAAACAAUGAACUCAUUGGCGAAAUUCCCGCACUACCACGAACUCUUACAUUUUGUAAUCUAUCAUCGAAUAUGCUCCAGGUGGUGAAUGCCAGUGUUUGCGAGGUGUAA